ACGUCCGAGAUUCGACACCAUGUUGUUUUUAGCAGCUGUUUAAUUUACGUCAUUUACGUCUGCGAUCGUUCAAUUAUUAUUCGCUUACUGUACGUGUACGAUUCACAUUGAGUAAAGUGCAAUAAGUUAAUAAUUUAUAUUCUUCGCGACGCAAUACUCACCUCUUGAUUUCAGUAAAUUGUCUUUGACGCCUACCAAUUUUCGAUUGUGUUAAUUUUUAUUUCAACAACAGAAUCCAUUGAAAUGGCAAGACGCGGACGUUCUCCAUCACCCGCACCUAGAAGGUAAAUAUUAAUUAUUUUUAUUUUCGCAUCAAACGAUACGACCGCCAUUUACAAGGUUACCCAAGCCAUUGAGAUUUUUAUAUAUAUAUAUUUAUUUCAUUGUCGUUAAAUCAAUUUAAUAUUUAACUAUUUGUAUGUAAAAUGAUUUCAUUUUAUUGUAUGUUUGAUUCCACAUGAUUUUUACCUGACCAAUAUCUGACAAGAUUUUGUUAGACUUUUUCAACAAUUCUUAUAACGUUCUGUAAAAUUUUUGUUUGCUCUGACACAUUUUUGCAGGUUUUGUGGUUACCGCUAGUAAACAGAUACUGGUUGCCCUUUGUUUUAAAUUAUUGUGUUCCAAAUGUUUUUUCAAAAUGAAUAGGUAUAUUUGAACGUAGGUACUUUUGUUGGUUAAGUAUUUGACUUUUGUCUAUCGUACAAAAAGCACAUUUUAUGGCUAUCUCCAUAUAAUAUUUGUACUUAUAAAUAACCCAACAUCAUUUAACAAUUGUUGUUAGCAUAAUGAAAAAAUCAAUUAAAACUUAACUGAUUAUUAUAUACAGUUCACUACUAAAUUAAACUAUAUUUUAACAUAAUUUGAUAAAAUAUUUUGAAAUAUUUCAUUGUUAUUUUAUGUGUGCUUAAGUUAUUUAAUCUAUGUAUUUACAUUUAAAAAAAAAAUCAUUAUCACAAAUUAAACAUUUCUUCCUAUACUUUAUUGUACUUAUGUGCAAGAUUAAUUUAUGUUGUGGGAAAUGUGUUUCUAUGUACUCCGGUUUUAAACCUUCUUGCUCAACUAAAUUCUUUAAUUCCUAUAGGCACCUAAUUAUAUUUUAAAUAUUCUAAUUCUAUAAUAAAAUUGAAUUUUAAGCUAAUUAAAGUAUUGAUUUCCAAUAAUUUUACCUUGGUAAAAUAUUUUAACUUGAUUCACUUCUUGUUCAAAAUAAGUUAAUUACACAGUUAUUUGAUAUCUAUAUUAUUAUUUUCCUACUAGGUAUUUGUAUGCUAUAGUUUGGAAUUUUUGUCACAAAAAAAAUUGGCAAGGCUUUUACCCCUUACUCUAAUUUUCUUUGUGUAAGAAUUGCACACCAUUGUGCAAUUUGAAUGAGGUCAUUAAUAUAAGUACGUUAUACAUUUAUUGUAUAUACUUAUAUAUUAUUAUUUGUAUACUUGUUACCCGCCUUGUCUUCCAAAAUUUAACUAAAUGUAGGUUUAGUGGAUACAAAUCCAUUAUCCAAUACAAUUUAAAUAGCGUUGCAAAUGAAACAUGAUAUCAACAUUUUCUGUAUAUUAUCAAUUAUAAUAGACACCUUAUCCUUAGCAUAAAUAUAAAUAAUACCAAUAGUAACUAAUUAGAAUUAUCAAUCUGAAAACUAGAAUGCUGCAUCCAAUGAAAAUUUAGUUGACAACACAUUAUAGUGGCACAAUAAUAUAAAAUGAAUGCAGUUAUAGUUUCAAUUUUUUUUUUUUUUUUUUCACUGAACUUGAAAAUAUAAUGCACUUUUUUAUUUUGAAAGUUUUGUAUAUUAUAUAAAAACAGUAUGAGCGACUAACCCUGUUAUGUCUCCAGAUGCACUUAAAAUACAUUUUUCUUUUUCCUGUUACCUAAUUGAUGUAAUUUUGCUCAGUAAAUCGAGUGAUAUUUAUGUUCAAAACAGUUUAAGCAAGUGAUUGACCCUGCUGGGUCUAUGUGCACUGGAAAAUCAUUUCUCUUCAAGUCACUAUAGCUAUUGGAAACAUAGUUUCCUAUUAAUUUUGAUUACACCAUCAUCUUCAUCAUUAAGAUGACAGUCUAUGAAGUUUUAGAUUCUUAGAGGCACGAGGAAUAUAUUAGAUUUACAAUGAUGUUUAUUAUUUUAUAAUACGUAACUUCUACCAGAAAUUUUGUCCAAACUCUCAAGUGUAAUGCUUUUUCCUGGAGCAGUACUUAAGGUAGGAUAUUUUAUGAUUUUCCCAGAGGUUUUCACUAAUGGGAAAAACAGAAAAAUGUAUUAUUUUAAAAUCCGACAUAUUAUGGCCUAUCAAAACGUGUAUAACCACACUCCAUUCAGAAUCGUUUUUUGUUAGCAAUGAUUAAUCUUUGUGUAAAGAUGAACAUUAAAUUUCCCUUUUACCUACUCAACUUCUUACGUACAACUGUAGCCCACCUAUUUUGUGAAGUAGGUAGGUAUGUCCAUCUACUUUGAUAUAACUUUCAAAAUAAAAGAACAAACAUUUUUUAAUGUAUCAAAAAACACAUUUUAAAGAUAGAAAAAAUGGGAAUGAUGCUAAACUAUAUUUGUAUAAUGUGCAAUUUAAUUUUUUCUUUUUUCUUUUUUUUAUAUAUUUAUAUAUAAUCAUAAUUGUAUUAUUGUAAUAAAAGUUUUGAAAACGAGUUUAACAUUUAAAUAUUAAAAAUAAAAAAAUACCAAGUUUCUUUAUUAUUAUUAAAAUUAGACAGAUAUCACAUCUGAUAUGAUAUGAAUUAAAAUUAUGCAACUGGUAUUAUAAAAUAGUAUAAUAAAUGCAUUGUAGUUUUCACUAAGCAUAUUCUACCUGCAAUUGGAAAGGUAGUAUAAGGAACAAUUUUGGGUAACUUUGAUCAACUUGAUAUGUUUUAUACAUUUACAAAUUUUAUAUAUUACAUAUUUUAGGUCUGCUGCUCCAGCCAGAACACAACAGUAUGCGCCAGCACCACAACACCAACCAACUCAGGUUGCACCAGCAGCCCAACCACAACAGCCUGGAUUAUUUGCCCAAAUGGCUGCUACUGCUGGAGGUGUUGCUGUUGGUUCUGCUAUUGUAUGUAUACUAAUAAUUAAAUAUGUCUAAAGUUUUAUUAUAAGUAUAUGGUUGAUUUAUUUUUAGGGACAUACAGUUGGUCAUGCAGUGACUGGUUUAUUCAGCGGCGGUAGUUCCAAUAACGAAGUCCAGCCUCAACAGGCUCAGCCAAUUCAGGCAAUGCCAAUGGAACAAAGUGCUCAACAAGGUGGAGCAUGUGCUUUUGAAAUCAAACAAUUUUUGCACUGUGCCCAGAACAAUGACGAUAUUUCAUUAUGUUCUGGAUUUAAUGAAGCUAUACGCCAGUGCAAGGAAGCUAACCGUAAGGCCUAUUUACAAUACUUAACCUAAAACUUGUAUUUAUUUUUUUAUUUAUUUUACAGGUUUGAUGUAAUUCAGGUAUAUUAUUUUAAAAAAUUCAAAACUCUAAGUAAGGAAAGUAGUUUAAAAAAACUGUUAAUUAUAUGUUCUUAAAUAUAUAAACAAAAAUAUUACCAGAUGUUGUUUGUUUUUUAUUAGUAAUUAUUCAACAUAGCUUCCGUUGUAUAAUAGAACUUAUAUUAUUAUUUAGAAAUAUGGUUUUGUUAGCUUACUGUAAGUUCCAUUGUAUGAUCUAAAUAAAUAUCAUAAUAUAUUAAAUGGUUUUCUUUUUUUAUUUU